AUGGGAGUAAACGAACUUGCUCUGUCAUUUGUUCUCAACGUCGUCAGCAAGCUUCCUCUCAAGAUUCGAGAAGGCGUCGCGAUGCGCAUCCCACCGAUUGCAAACAAUCCCGACAAGGUCCAACUCGCGAGUCUUGGCCAUGCCUACUUCGAGCAUCCCGAUCUGGACCAAUUCGAAGCAUUCGCAGAAGACUUUGGAUUUGUCGUCGAAAGGAAGGAGAAGGGAAAGAUCUAUUUCCGUGGCUACGGCAAGGAUCCCUACAUCUACGUUGCGUCUCAGUCCGCGGAUGGCAAGCCACACUUCAGAGGUCCUGCCUUUGUCGCGCGAUCGAAGGAGGACUUCGACAAGGCCAAGGCUCUCCCAGGCGCUCAACUUGGAUCUUUGGCAGAUGCCCCUGGAGGCGGCGAAAUCGUCACUUUCGAUCGUGCGGACGACACUUUCUUCCAUGUCAUCUUCGGGCAGAAGAUGCGGGAUAUCGAUGGCACUCACGCUCCAAGUGCGACUCAUGAGGAAGUUGGACCGACGAAUACUGCUUUCCAGAAGCCCCGCAAAGGUAACUUUCUCAGAUUCCACGAGGGCGCGGCACUCAUUCAUAAGCUUGGACACUUUGGCUACGUCCAUCGCAAGUUCGACGAGGAGCUAAAAUGGUACACGGACAACUUCAACUUCGUACCCUCGGACAUUCUUCAUCACUGGGACUUUCCGAACAUAGAUGUUAUGACAUUCAUGCAUCUCGACCUGGGCAAGGAGUACUCCGAUCACCACAUCUUCUUCAUGCAGCGCUCUCCGCCGGAAGUCACCAAGACGUAUCUGCACCAUUCCUCCUAUGAGGUGGAGGAUCUUGACACGCAAUUGAUUGGACACCACUGGCUUGCGAAGAAGGGAUGGAAAAGCGUCUGGGGAGUCGGUCGUCAUGUUCUCGGCAGCCAGAUCUUUGACUAUUGGCAAGACCCAAGCGGUUUCAAGAUCGAGCAUUACGCAGACGGCGACCUCGUGAACCAAAAUACGGUGACAAAGCGAGACGUGGUUGGACCGUUGUCAGUCUGGGGUCCCGAACUUCCCAAAGACUUCGGCGAUGAUGGGACGCUUUUGUUAAUUUAG